CCUCUGAACUGACGCUCAGAGUCAGUCUGCUUCAUCGCUGCUCCUGAUGACGAUGAUGAUGAUGAUGAUGAUGAUGAUGAUGAUGAUGAUGAUGAUGCUGUGAUUACUGUUAAUAAUCAAGAAGCAGAAAAUCCGCCGAGGACCGACUCAGCGACUUCACACCGAAAAAGACCUCGCACAGUUCGUCCAUGGCUGUGUUGAAGAGCUCCGGCACUCUGAGGGACCUCCAGCUCGCUCUGCAGCUGAAGAUCGAGGAGCUGCGACAGAGAGACGCUCUGAUCGACGAGCUGGAGCUGGAGCUCGACACCAAAGAUGACCUGAUCCAUCAGCUGCAGGUGGAACUGGACCGACACCGCAACGCCUCACAGCACACGGUCAGCUCUGGAGAGACGGCAAACACAGGAGCAGCGGUUCAGACUCCGGCAGCGCCCGACGAGCCGCAGCGCACAAAGAGACAGGCCAUCUCUGCAGAGCCCACAGCGCUGGACCCGUCCCAGCUCACCGAUGUUACACUCACCAGCUACUGCAAGACCAAAGAGUCGAGCGAGCUGAUCCAGAGGGCUCUGAUGGACAACGACUUCAUGAAACACCUGGAGCACGGGCAGAUCCUCACCAUCAUGGACUGCAUGCAUCCCACCAGCCUGGCCAAAGGCUGCUGUGUCAUCCAGGAGGGAGAUGACGGCUCCACAGUCUACGUACUGGAGGAGGGAAUGGUCGAGGUGACUAAACAAGGGAAGAAACUAUGCACCAUCGGUCAGGGAAAAGUCUUUGGAGAGCUGGCGAUCCUGUACAACUGCACUCGCACGGCAACCGUAACAGCUCUGACUGACAUCAAGCUCUGGGCGAUUGACCGUCAGGGUUUUCAGACCAUCAUGAUGAGGACGGGCCUCAUCAAACACUCCCAGUACACUGACUUCCUCCGCAGCGUUCCCUCGUUUCAGUCGCUGCCCGAGGACAUUCUCAGCAAACUGGCCGACGUUUUGGAGGAGACUCAUUACAGCGACUGUGAUUACAUUAUUCGUCAGGGAGCCACCGGAGACACAUUCUUCAUCAUCAGUGAAGGACAGGUGAAGGUCUCUCAGCAGAACUCAGCCAGUGACGAGCAGGUGACCAUGAAGACUCUGUCUAAAGGAGACUGGUUUGGAGAGCAGGCUCUGAAAGGAGAGGACGUCCGUACAGCCAGCGUCACAGCUGUGGGAGACGUCACAUGUCUGGUCAUUGAUAGAGAGUCUUUCAAACAGCUGAUUGGAGGACUGGACGAUGUCAACAACAAGCAGUACGACAGCGAUGAGCUCAAGGCGAAGCUGCAGGCGGAGGCAGAUUUCUUUUCCAGCGUGUCCCUCAGUGAUUUCAAUAUCAUCUGCACUCUGGGGAUGGGAGGCUUCAGUCGAGUGGAGCUGGUGCAGCUGAAGAAUGACACCAGUCGGUCGUUUGCCCUCAAAGUGUUAAAGAAACGUCACAUCCUGGACACCAGCCAGCAGGGCCACAUCCUGUCGGAGCGGCGCAUCAUGAUGGAGGCUCACAGUCCGUUCAUCAUCAGGUUGUAUCGGACCUUCAGAGACUCCAAAUAUCUCUACAUGCUGCUGGAGGCCUGUCUCGGAGGAGAACUGUGGACGGUACUGCGAGACAGGGGAUCAUUUGAUGACGGCAUCACUCGGUUCUACACCGGCUGCGUCAUCGAGGCUCUGGCUUUCCUGCACUCCAGAGGAAUCAUCUACAGAGACCUCAAACCUGAGAACAUCAUACUGGACCACCGAGGAUACGCCAAGCUGGUGGACUUUGGCUUUGCUAAGAAGGUCGGUCUGGGUAAGAAGACGUGGACAUUUUGUGGGACUCCGGAGUACGUCGCUCCUGAGAUCAUCCUGAACAAAGGCCACGACAGCUCAGCUGACUGCUGGUCUCUGGGAAUACUGGUCUUUGAGCUGCUCAGUGGCAGUCCUCCAUUUUCAGGCUCUGAUCCCAUGAAGACCUACAACAUCAUCCUGAGAGGCAUCGACAUGAUCGAGUUUCCCAAGAAGAUCACCAAGAGCGCCGCCAACCUCAUCAAAAGACUCUGCAGGGACAACCCUUCAGAGAGGCUGGGAAACCAGAAGAACGGGGUGAAGGACAUCCAGAAACACAAGUGGUUCGAGGGAUUCAACUGGGACGGCCUCCGCCAGGGAACCGUCGGCUCUCCGUUCACGCCCACGGUGAACGGGCCGCUAGACAACAGCAACUUUGACUAUUUCCCAGAGGACAUAGAAGACCCCCCUCCUGAUGAAGAGUCCGGCUGGGACCUCGAGUUUUAGAAGCUGACGGAGGGAACGGGACCUGAAGCCAUAUUAGAGUUUAUCAUUAUGUUUUAUGAACCACAACGACAGAGUGUUAAGAGAUAAACAUCUGAGAUUUAAAGAAUGAAAUCAAAAUAUCCAAAGAUAUUUACGAGAUAAAAUCGUAAUGUGUGGAGAAUAAAGUUCAUUUAAAGACUAAUCCCGUGUACGAAGGCUCAGCAUCGACCACCGGCCCUUUG